AUGAGUUCUCUUGCGGAAAUACUAUGUUUGGCUGAAGCUGCAGGUGAACUUGAUGAACCAAUACCAUCAAAGAGUAGAAGAUACUGGGUCCAUCCACUUCAUAGUAGUCGAGAUGAUGAUAACCGAUUUACUGUAUUUUUCAACGACAUAAAAAAAUAUUUUGAAAAGUUUUACGAUUACUAUCGUAUGUCAAUUUUAUCAUUUGAAGAACUACUAGAAAAAGUGAGGCCAAAAAUUACAAAAGAGAUCACCCAUCUACGAUAUCCAAUAAGUGCUGAAGAAAGAUUGACGGUGACAUUAAGAUAUUUAUCAACGAGAAUUCAUUUCUCUGCCCUACAUUUUGAUUUUCGUAUUGGCAAAACAACUAUCAACCAAAUCGUCGUCCGUGAAACUUGUAUGAUUUUAUGGUCAGUGUUACAACCUACAGAAAUGCCGGAACCAAACAGAGUAAAAUGGAUUAAAAUUUCGGAACUUUAUUAUAAAAAAACAAAUUUUCCAAAUUGUCUCGGGUCCAUUGAUGGUAAACACAUAAGAUGCAGAAACCCAAACAAUUCUGGAUCUCUUUUUUAUAAUUAUAAGAAGUACUUUUCAAUCGUACUUAUGGCAGUGGUAGAUGCGAAUUUAAAUUUUAUUUUUAUCGAUGUUGGAUCGUACGGGCGAGAAGCUGAUUCAAACGUUUUUCGAAAAAGUGUAAUUGGGAAAAAGUUAUAUACAAAUCAACUCCAAAUUCCAGAUCCAGUAUUGUUGCCAUCAACAGGAAAUAAUAUACAACCAUUUGUAUUUGUAGCCGAUGAGGCAUUUGGAAUACACACAAAUUUAUUACGACCAUAUCCAGGACGGGGUCUGAAUAAUGUUCGUAGAAUAUUUAAUUAUAGGUUAUCGAGAGAAAGACGUACCGUGGAGUGUGCUUUUGGAGUAUUGGCCAACAAGUGGAAUGUAUUGCAUACGGCUAUUCUAGUAGAACCCGAUUUUUGUGAUCACAUCAUAAAAGCAUGUUGUGUUUUGCACAACUAUGUAAGAAAGAGAGACGGAUGUAAUUAUGAUGAAAAUACUGCAGAUACGGCUUAUAUAAAUAACCUGGACGAUUUUGAAGGAUAUGGCAGGUACGUAAAUCGUAAUGGGAUGGAAAUAAGAGACAGUUUUGCGAAUUAUUUUAUAAAUGAAGGGGCUGUGCCAUUUCAAUAUAGAACAACAAUUUAA